AUGGUUACGUUUUCUAAGCAGCUGGGGGACAGAUUUUCGGUGCAGUUCGUGGACUCGUUUAGGUUCAUGUCGUGCGGGCUGGCCUCCCUCGCACAAAACCUACCUGCAUCGCAGUUCACUAACACGAUGGCAUUCUUCGAGCCCCAAUGUGUACAGCUCGUAAUGAGAAAAGGCAUCUUCCCAUACGAUCAUGUUGAUACGUGGGAGCAUCUUGAUGAGCGGCAACUGCCUCUCCAGGACUGCUUCUUUAACAUUCUUACCGACUCUGACAUUAGUUAUGCAGAUUACGACCACGCCAAGACUGUCUGGGACACAUUCAAGUGCUCUACUUUAGGUGAGUACAGUGAUGUGUACCUCAAGUCUGACGUCCUGAUCCUGUGCGACGUAUUUGAAAACUUCUGCACAGUUUGCCUUUCUACGUAUGGCCUGGACUGUGCGCACUACAUCAGCGCCCCCGGAUUCUCGUUCGAUGCUAUGCUGAAGUACAAUAAGGUGCAACUCGAACUUCUUACAGACUACGACAAGUAUCUGUUUGUCGAGUCGGGAAUCCGGGGAGGUGUGGCGCAGUGCAUGAAGAGACACUGCGUGGCCAAUAACAUGUAUGUGCCAGAAACCUACGAUGCGAGCAAAGCAAUAACACACCUUCAGUAUCUUGAUGCCAACAACCUCUAUGGGUGGGCCAUGUCUUGCCCUCUGCCGCACAAUCAGUUUCAAUGGGUCGCCGACACAAGCAUCGACUUUUCUAAUCUACCCGAUGACGGCCCCAUCGGGUACAUUGUGGAGUGCGACAUAAAGUACCCACCAGCGCUUCAUUCAUCCCACCGCGACUUGCCCUUCCUUCCUGUGAGACAAUGCCCUUCAAAUACAUCCAAACCGAAACUCCUCACCACCCUUGCCGACAAGUCCCACUAUGUUGUUCACCAUGUAAACCUCAAACAGGCCCUUUCCCACGGACUCCUCAUAACCAAGGUGCACCGAGUCCUACAGUUCCAGCAGUCACCUUGGCUGAAACCAUAUAUUGACCUGAACACCGUCAAACAUCAGGCAGCACAGAAUGACUUUGAGCGGGACUUUUUCAAGCUGUGUAACAACUCUUGCUUCGGGAAACUUAUGGAGAAUCUUCGCAAGUGA